AUGAGCUCCGUAGAAGUCGGGACAGUAAACAACAUCCCAUCACCCCGCGAAUACUUAUCGACCGAGAGCCAGAUCGAUGCUGAAAACUGGUUCAACUACUGCAACGAAAACCCAGCCUCAACACUCGGUUUGUUAGAUUAUGCAAACGGUUUGCCUUUCUAUCAACAACUGUCGGGCUCACCCUUUGACCGCCAGCCAUCGCCAACUCAAUAUCGCGCAACGGCAUGGUCCAAAGUGGUCCACAGCGAUGAUGCCGACGAUUAUCGACAAAUCAUCGAUGAUUUAACGGUCGAAAUUCAAGGCUUAAAGAGACAGUUGCGACAGCACCGCCAGCAACAAGUCAGCAGUCAGCAGCAAGAUGCCCUCUUUGAAGUCAAAGUCUAUUACCUCUCGGAGCAGGAGAAGCAAACGCUCGACAGAUUGCUUCAGACUUUCGUGGUCAAUACGGAAGACCUACUAGACACUUCUUGCCGGCAUUGGGAGCAGCCCUCAGCCAGAUCUCCUGAUGCGAAUUUGUCUUUCUACUCUAAUACCCGCAGGGUCGACUCCACCUAUGCCUCCAGGCCAACCCGUGAACCUUGUCGAGAAGCUCCAGUUGAUUGCGUCCUGGAUGCUCCAUCUCAUGACACACCUCAUCGAAACGAUGUAGUCAUCUAUCGCCGAGGCUCAUCAACUUUUAGCGACUUGUCACUGGAUUCUAAGAACGAGUAG